UCGAAGAAGAAGAUGCAUAUCGAUAGGCUGGGCAAAUGACAAAUUUUUUAAUUACAAUAAAAACGCCGACGAACUCUGCGCUGAAACUCACUCGCCUCGCGUCUUCCCGCGUCGCCAUGCACAGCCGCAGUUUGCUGCCGGACCCGGCUGUCUACCAGCCGGACACCCUGGACCUGAACACGGACGGAAAGGCGGCGGACUAUUGGUUCGGCUGCUUCAGGGACAUGGUCGCGAAAUUCGCCAAGGUGGCGGAGAAAUCGCAGGAGGAGGAUCAAACAGCCGCAGAGCGGGCGCAACAGUUCCAGGCGGCUUACCUGCAGCAGCUGGAGGAGCAUCAGCGGAAUGUGCCGCAGAACAAGGGCAAGGUUAUCCUGGGAACCAGUGAGCUGCUCCAACUAAACGAGACUUUGCUGCGUCGCUAUGGCUUCGCAGAUCCCUGGCUGCGGCAGAAGAAACUGGAGAAUGCCUCAGCGGUUUCUAGACUCAAGCAGCGCCUCCAGGAACUCGACGCUCUGGAGGAUGAGGAUGCCAGGUGGACUGAACUAGUGCGCGGCGUGCUGGCCGGCAAUAUGUUCGACUGGGGCGCCCAGGCCAUAUCCAAUAUCCUGGAGCAAGACAGCAAUUUCGGCCUGCAUUCAGCUUUGGAGCGAAUCGAACAGCGUCCCUGGCUGCUGGACAAUCUGGACAGUUGGCUGCAGCGACUGAAGGGCGAACCCCACAAAUGCGCCGUGGUCUUUGUGGAUAAUAGUGGUGUAGAUGUGGUCUUAGGUGUACUCCCCUUCGUUCGAGAACUCCUAAAACGAGGCACCAAGGUGCUACUCUGCGCCAAUAGUGAACCCGCUUUAAACGAUGUGACCAGCAAGGAGCUGAGUUCCUUACUAGAUGAAUGCGCCAGGGAAUGUGAGGUUCUGCAGCAGGCUUGUUCCCAGGGAAAACUCCUGGUCUAUGCAAAUGGACAGUCAGGACCUUGCCUGGAUAUGCGCACCCUGCCCCAGGAGCUGUGCGAUGCCAUCGCCGCAAAUGAGACUGAUCUGCUCGUGAUUGAGGGCAUGGGAAGGGCUCUCCACACAAAUCUAAAUGCCCACUUUGGCUGCGAGACCCUCAAGCUGGCCGUGAUCAAGAACAAAUGGCUGGCCAAGUACCUGGGCGGUGGCGAAACCAUGUUCGCCGUCAUCUGCAAGUUCGAACCGGCAUUGCCCAGCUAGUCCAGGAUCAAUUGUCUCCCUGUCGUUCUUUGUUAUCCCCUGUUGACAGACAAACAAAGAUGAAGAUCAUCUGGGUUC